AUGUCUGCAGAAGGAGGCAAAACGAAGGCUACUAGGCGGUCCGGCUCAGCCCGGGCCGGGGUCAUUUUUCCCGUGGGCAGAAUGAUGAGGUAUCUCCGCGCGGAGACGCCGCGGUACCGCAUAAGCAUGGGGGCACCCGUCUACAUUGCAGCUGUCGUCGAGUACCUGACAGCGGAGGUCUUGGAGUUGGCUGGAAAAGCAGCGCGAGACAACAAGAGGGGCAGAAUAACGCCUAGACACAUCAAGCUGGCAAUGGCCACUGACGAUGAGCUCAACCAGCUGUUGCAGGGGGUGACCAUAUCAAACGGUGGCGUUCUUCCCCGUAUCCACCCAGAGCUGUUUCUCGAGAAGAGGGGAGGGCAGGUAAAGGUGAACGCCAAGGUUUCCCUCCCCGAGAGAGAGGAACGCUCCAACAGCAUGGGGAGUAGUGUGGAAAAUUACCAAGAGGCGGUGCAAAACUCGACAGUGGAGGACGGUCCAGGAGAUGGGUUCACCAUCCUCUCUGCAAAAAGCCUCUCCCUCAGGCAAAAGCUUUCACUAACAGAGAGUGAAAUCAGUAAGAUCGGCACAAUCAAAGUGGAGGGAAUAAUUAACCCCACAAACGCAGAGAUGGAUCUGAAAGAAGGAGUGGGCAACGCCUUAGAGAAAGUCGGGGGCCAGGAGUUCUUAGAGAGAGUGAAGGCGCUCCGAGAGCCACAGGGGCCAUUGGAUGUAGCGUCGGUGGCAGUAAGUCAGGCCAGCGGGAUGGCGGCAUGCUUCGUGAUCCACUGCAACAUUCCCCAGUGGGGCUCAGAGGAGUGUGAGGACCAGCUGGAGAAAACGGUGAAGAACUGCCUCGCUGCGGCAGAGGAGAAGGAACUCAAAUCUGUCGCUUUUCCCUCACUACCCACUGGAUGGAACGGAUUCCCUCAGCAGACAGUGGCCCAGCUGAUUAUCAAGGCCAUCUCCAACCAUUUUGUGUCCUCCACCAUCUCCUCCCUGAAAAACAUCUACAUUGUCGUGUUUGACAGCGAGAGCACUGAAAUUUACCUUCGGGAAAUGGCCAAGCUGGACACUGAGUUAGGUCAAGAUGAUGAUGAUGGCAUUAGCCCAGAUGAUGAGCCUUUGAAUGAACUCUCCAACAGAGUGAAGACACAGCCACAGACGGAGGUACCUCUCAUGCUGUCCAGAACAAGAACCAAGAGAAGCAAAAAUAGUGCUCUAGAGAAACUGGAGCCUUCCAGGGACAGCUCCAAUGAGCCAUUGAUAAAAAUAAAUACGAGGAAGAGCCUUUCUGAUAAAAAGAUUUCAUCCAAUGGGAGGAAAACAAAACCAAAAGAUGGCAGCUCAGAUGAUGUGCCCGUGGUAAAGCUUAUUGACGAGCAGCAUAAACCUGUAAAGGAGACGCUGGUGUCAAGAAGUAGUGCAACUAAAAGGAAGAGACAAGAUCGAAAGGAUGGCAGUUCAGAUGAUGACGUGCCCUUGGAAAACAAGGCCACAAAGAGGUGCAAGAAAUGCCACAACCCCAAAGAGGAAGAGGGCCAAUGCUUCUGCGAAAAAGGCCAUCACUCCUGCCAGAGCGUCACCUAA